AAAUUACAUGCGUGUAAGCAGCAUACACUACAUUCGUGAAAAAUGGCAGCUGACGAUUAGAGAAAAGUGUGUGGAUCUUCACUCGGAUAAACACGGCACUAAACAAAGCGGCGCAGACACCGAGGAUACUUGGUCACCAUUGGUUGUCAUCGUUGACGCGUCACCAUUGGUCAUCAGGCACAAUGGGAAAGACUCCGAUUAAAGAUCAGAAAGAUGGCAAAAAAGAGAAACUGGGACGGACAGUUCCUCCAACAGGUGCGACUCCUGCAGCAGCUAAAGAUGCUUUCACCUGGGAAGAGUAUCUGAAAGAAACGUCGGCUCUACCGGCACCACCGAGCUGUUUCCGUCAGGCCAGAGUUCCUCCCUCCAACGACUUCAAGGUGGGAAUGAAGCUCGAGGCUCACGACCCGCGGAAUUCCACCUCGGUGUGCAUCGCCACAGUGAUGGGUCUGACCGGAGUCCGCCUGCGUCUCCGUCUGGACGGGAGCGACAACAGCAACGACUUCUGGAGGCUGGUGGACUCGUCCGACAUCCAGCCCAUCGGCACCUGUGAGAAGAACGGAGACAUGCUGCAGCCGCCGCUGGGAUUUCGUAUGAACGCCUCCUCGUGGCCCAUGUUUCUGCUGAGAACAUUAAACGGAGCAGAGAUGGCCCCAGGAACCGCCUUUAAGAAGGAACCUCUGAGGCCGCCACAGAACAACUUCAAGCCGGGCAUGAAGCUCGAGGCCGUGGACAAGAAGAACCCGUACCUGAUCUGUCCGGCCACCAUCGGAGAGGUGAAGGGCGACGAGGUCUUCAUCAUGUUCGAUGGGUGGCGAGGGGCGUUUGAUUACUGGUGCAAGUUGGACUCCCGCGACAUCUUCCCCGUGGGCUGGUGCUCCCUCACCAAACACAGCCUGCAGCCUCCAGGCAACAGUGUUACCCUGCCAAAGAGUCUGCAGAUCCUCCCUGCGUCCCCUUCCAAGCCCAACAGGCGCUCCAUGCAGUCCCCCUACAGACUCCCCAACCCUCUGCCCGCCUUGCCUGUCAGGAAGGGCGUGAGAGGCCGCCGCCCUAAGAGCGAGACCAUCGCUCUGCUCAAAGCUGUGGCCGAGGCCGCCGCUGCCCAGAAUGGGACCGUACCUGAGAACACACAGCUGGUCCCUCGACCCCACAAGAAGAGAGGCCCCAAACCUGGGAGCAAGAGAAAGUCUAAGAUUCUGCAGAACCCAGCACCACUGCCCAGCAUCCAGGUCCCACAAGAAAGCCCCCCCAGCCACAACUCUGUGGUCUCAACAGUGUGUGUGUACGUGAACAAGCAUGGGAACUGCGGUUCUCACCUGGACAGGAAGCAAAUGCAGCGUCUGCCGGACCACUUCGGCCCAGGUCCGGUGAAUGCCGUGCUCCAGCAGGUGGUCCAGUCGUGUAUAGACUGUGCAUACCAGCCGAAAGUCCUGCUCGGCGCUCUGCAGACUCACUCAGGAGGAGGGGAGGUCGUCAGAGGUAGAACAGAUGGGGGAGUCUGCGUGGUCAAACUCCCAGCUGCCUCCAGUGCUUCCUUCGUGCUGCGGUUCUUGGAGACGAUGUGUCAUCAUCUUCAGUGUGACAACCUGUUCAGCAGCCAACCGUUCAGCCACUACCCAGCAUACGACAGGACCAAGUCAGUGAAAGAGGAGGCGUUGGACACUCCAUCUCUGGCUCGGGGAAGUAAACGGAGUCUGUCUGGAGUGUCUCCCCCGUACGCAGCGCCUCUGUCACCCAAACAUUUACGACCUGAAGCUCAUCCUUCAGAGGCAGAGACUCUGCCUCAUGAAGAGAACGGUCACAUAAAGGAGCAGCGCUACAUGGACUCAGCCUCCAACUCCAUGACCCCCCGACCCCAAACAGCACGCAGCUCCUCAGAGUACCACUCCCAGACCAGCAGCAUGUACCACGCCGGCAACGCCACAGCCAUGCGCCGCCACUCCUCCAACCCUGCAGAGCUCGGCUCCACGCCGCCUCUCAGACGAGUGGAAGCCAGCUCAACCACAGGUCCUGAAGCUCCUGAGCGGGAGAGUCCACGGCUUCCCAACAAGAACCCGUCCUCCUGGUCCAUCGAGGAGGUGAUGCAGUUUGUGAGGGAUGCAGACCCCACAGCGCUAGCUCCACACGCUGAACUCUUCAGAAAACACGAGAUCGAUGGAAAAGCUCUGAUGCUGCUUCGGAGCGACAUGAUCAUGAAGUACAUGGGUCUGAAGCUGGGACCGGCACUGAAGCUCUGCCACCACAUAGAUCGACUGAAACAGGGCAAACUGUAAGAGGAGCCGGCGCGCUCCCGUCACCCAGUCAGACCCAUGAGCAAUAAACCCCCUGACGGAGCCGGACUCAUGGGGCCGCAGGGGCCGCAUGUGACUCUGACGGAUGUUACAGCUUCCUCCUUGACUUCCAGAGCGGAGAAAGUGUGCCGUGCAGUGCUGACACAUUACCUCAUCCCCUCAUCAGUGAACGAAAAAGCUGACUGACUGAAAUCCCAAAGGAACGAACCCCCUGCAGUGUUUACAUUGCAUCGCACACGUGGACACUCUUUUUUUUACGGAGAUGAAAUCUUUUGAUCCUGGUUUUGGAUCCCCCAAAGAUGGAGAAUGUUUCUUCUUAUAUAAUGUUUUUAUUAUCGUCCAAUUUCCACUUGUUAAGGAAGGCUUGGUAUACUGAAAAAAAAAAGACAAAUCCAUCAGAUGUUCUUCCCCAAGAGACUCUGGAUGCUCUCUCUGUACAGCUGUUUUCACUCUUCACGUAUGCCUCAAGUGUGGAGCAUCGGACAGACUCUUUCAUUUGCUUGAAUAUCGUCAGCAUCAUUACGUUUUUAAAGGAAGCUCUCACGUUUUCCACAAGUGUCCCGCAGGAUCAUCCUCUGCCGCGUGGCACGAUGUGUUGAUAUUGUGUCUUAGCUGGCCCUCCGUUGCCUCCCUCCUGGUCCAUGCGCAGUUCUUAUCAAAACUGCCAUCACACGUUACAGGCUGAUCCAUUUCAAUGGACAGAUUGUUUAGGAUGUGCAAACAGACAUGUCUAAGGGCUUUCUAUGUUAAGCUUUCAUUUCAUAUGUUUAAUCAUGCGAGGGCCUGAGUCCACAGAGCUUUACUUCAGUGCAGGGCGGGGAAGGAGGCCUUCUCUCAUGACGAGUAUCACCCAAAGAGCAUGGACAGGAUGGUCCAGGUCUUUUGUAGUUUGGUUGUAUGAGGUACUGAUCAGCUAAAUAGCAAACUGGACCCCUUGAACCAGGUACUUCAGCCAGUCCAAGUUUGUGCACACUGUGGUCUUGAUUUUCAGCAUGGGUAGUGUUCCUGGUUUCCGUUUGUAGUCCGAGUUGUAUUGACCAAUCACGUUUCAGCAGGCUCUUGCGUAUGAUGGAAAAGCAGUCUGUACGGAGAGCAAAAGCAGGCAGGAAACACCGACGUAGUCCGCAGCGAUCUGAUGAUUUAUUUCUCUCUAGGUUAUUCAAAUAAUCGUCGAAUAGGGGCGCUGGUGGCCUAGCGGUCUAAGCGCCCCACGUACAGAGGCUACAGUCCUCAUCGCAGGGGUCGACGGUUCAAUUCCCGGCUGGUCGACCACUUCCUGCAUGUCUUCCCCCGCUCUCUACUCCCCACAUUUCCUCUCUCUUUUCAGCUGUCCUGUAAAAUAAAGGCUAAAAGGCCAAAAGAAUAUAACUUUAAAAAAAUAAGAUAAUCUUGAAUAGCUGCUGAUGAUUAUGGAAUAGUAUUUUGGCUUGAAAUGUCCAUCCCUACCAAUCAUGUAUCAGCAGGUUUUGGUGUCUGCAGGAAAAACAGGCAGGUAUGGAGAGCAAAAGCAGGCAGGACACACACCGGCGUCAAUCACAUCCUGGCUACGGUGAUAUUUGUGUGGGAGCUUCUUCAAAUCAGCGAAGCUACAUGGUAGAGCCGACCUCGCCUGUAGCUAUUGAUAGGCUAGCCUCCGUAUUGGUUCUUCAGGAGUCGAUACGACCUGGAUCCCCUGUGGGUGAUAGGGGUGAGUAUUUGCAAGAAAUUCACGAUAGGAUACGCAUCACGAUACUUGGGCCACGAUAUGAUAGUAUCACGAUAUCACAAUACUGUGGUAUAUUGGGAUAUUCUACACAGUAAACUAAGAAAAAAAUAAAGAUGGUGGAUAUUUUAAUCACACAAUAUUACUCCAAUUGAAAGGACAUAUUAAGACAAACCUAUUUGAUUGAAAACAACUUUUCCACUUUAUUGUUUUUGAAGUACUGAAUCCGUAUUUUAGCUCCAACUCGGCUAAAAUAUGAAUUUUUAUUUAUAGUUGAAAUAUCGGUAUCACAUUGGAGGUUAAAGUAUUGUGAUAUAUUGCUGUAUCGAUAUUUUUUCCCACCUCUAGUGGGUGAUGCAUUUAUUAUUGACAAGUGCCUCAUACAACCCCCUAAACUAUCCCCUUUAAUAUAAGUCACAUUCACCUGACAGCUUCCUAAGUUGCUACUCUUACUCAUCAGAAGGAACUCAAGCCUGGUUUUUGGCUCAUAUCUGUAAAUGAAAGAAUAAAACUUGAAGUGAAUGAGACUCAUAUUGAAUAUAACGAGGAAGUUUCACUGAGUAUUAGAAAUUAGAAGGGGUGUCUUUGCCUCAUACCUAAAGCUGGACGCUUCUUUCUUUCUCUGUUAUGAAAGUAUCUCUCGGAUAAAUCUAAGCUGCUUGGGACAGAGACACAAACCAAAACAAGUGUUUCCUUGGCCCGCACCUUUCUAAGAGCAACAGUGUUAGAAUCAACAAAGUGGAAUUGCUCUGAGAAAACUAUUUGUUGGUUCUCCUAAAAGCUGCCACACAUGCUUCCUCCUCCUCCUCCUCCUCCUCCUCCUCCUCCUCCUCCUCCUCUUGGUAAACAAGCCGUUAAAGCAUCGUCUGAAUGAAAGGCUCUGUGGACUCUGAGCUCGUCGGUCCGCCUGCAGCCGCCUCAGUGUUGUCUCUUCUGACCGCUCAGAUCACUGUUAGGAUGAAAACAGAUUUGUACAGUUUUAUGGGUUUAACCAUGAAUAUCAGCGACAGAAUGUACAUUUUGUAGAAACUUUAAUAUUUGAAGGAAAUCAUAUACAUUAAGCUAGAAAUGUGAAAAUAAUGGUGGACGGGGACGCGGUGAAUAUUCCAUUCUGCUUUUGAAUACUAAACACAGCAGCGCUUUUUAGUUCCAAUACUCCCAGUGAUAGACUCUGCCUUGCUCUACCUACGACAUCUCUCAGGUUUAUGUGGUCUUUGUUAGUACAAGCUUUUUGUAGCAAACUGUUUAUAAUGUACUUUACACAACUUUCCCCGCAUUGAUUUUAAAAAGACUUCGUGCCAUAUGAUAUUCAACACAGGAUCCAAGUGCUGUUGAUUCCUCUCGCCCUUCUUCUUCUUCUUCUUCUCCUUUUUCUUGCAUCUUCUUUUAAGUACUUGAAAAAUAUGUGUUGCAAAAUGUCACUUGUCCAUUAUGUCACAUCAGAUAAACAGUAUGUGUUUAUGAUGUUGUGUAUCUCCUUUCUUUGUUUUUAUAAACCUGCAAAAACA